AUGAGCGGCGGCAGGUUUGAUUUCGAUGAUGGAGGCGCCUAUUGCGGGGGCUGGGAGGGGGGCAAAGCCCACGGGCACGGCAUCUGCACCGGCCCCAAGGGCCAGGGCGAGUACUCGGGCUCCUGGAACUACGGCUUCGAGGUGGUGGGCAUAUACACGUGGCCCAGCGGCAACACCUACGAAGGCUACUGGUCCCAAGGCAAGAGGCACGGCCUGGGAAUCGAGACCAAAGGACGGUGGGUUUACAGAGGCGAGUGGACCCAUGGCUUUAAGGGACGGUACGGAGCGAGGCAGAGCAUGAGCAGCGGAGCCAAGUACGAGGGUACGUGGAACAAUGGCCUGCAGGAUGGCUACGGCACCGAGACCUACGCUGAUGGAGGCACGUACCAGGGCCAGUUCACCAGCGGCAUGCGGCACGGCUACGGCGUGCGGCAGAGCGUGCCCUACGGCAUGGCCUCGGUGGUGCGCUCCCCGCUGCGCACAUCGCUGUCCUCCCUGCGCAGCGAGCACAGCAAUGGCACCCUGCCCCAGCAGGACUCGCCCGCCGCCAACCCCGACAGCCUGCCGCUCUCGCCCACCAUCACCCGCGGCGGCUUCGCCCUCAGCCUCUACGCGGACGCGGAGGCCGGCAAGCCCAAGAAAGGGGGGCUCUUCCGCAGGGGGUCCUUGCUGGGCAAGCUGAAGAAGUCCGAGUCGAAGUCAUCCCUGGCCAGCCAGAAGAGCCGCGUCAGCUUCCUCAAGAGCGAGAGUGGGAUCAGCUCGGCUGCCAGCGAUGCCACCUCCACCGUCAGCCUGGGCGAGGGCGCCGAGGGCGAGGAGUACACCCCGUUCGAGUCCGACAUCGACGCCACCACCACGGAGACCUACAUGGGCGAGUGGAAGAACGACAAACGCGCCGGCUUCGGCGUCAGCGAGCGCUCCAGCGGGCUCAAGUACGAGGGGGAAUGGCUGGACAACCUGCGGCACGGCUACGGCUGCACCACGCUGCCCGACGGCAAGAAGGAGGAGGGCAAGUACCGCCACAAUGUCCUGGUCAAGGGCAUGAAGAAGCGUGUGUUACCCCUCAAGAGCGCCAAGAUCCGGCAGAAGGUGGACAGGAGCGUGGAGGGGGCUCAGAGGGCCGCGGCCAUCGCCCGGCAGAAGUCAGAGAUUGCGGCAUCCAGGACGGCUCAUGCCAAAGCCAAGGCUGAAGGGUCUGAGCAGGCAGCUCAGGCAGCCAACAACGAAUCAGGCAUAGCCAGAAUGAUGGCCAGGGAGCUCUCCCCAGACUUCUACCAGCCAGGCCCCGAGUACCAGAAGCGGAAGCUGCUGCAGGAGAUCAUCGAGAACGCGGAGCACGCGGUCAACAUGGAGGAGGAGGCGCCACGGCCCGAGGCUGCCCCGCCGCCCCCCACGCCACCCGAGAGCCCCCAGCUCCACGAGCAGGAGGAGCCGCGGCCCCGCGCCAGCCCGGCCCCCAGCCCCGCCGCCACCCCUCCCGAGGCCAAGCGGGCCAAGGCCGCCCCCGGGCAGGACAGGGCCCUCCGUCCGGGCAGCUGGGCCGAGGCGGGCGGGCGUGCGGGCGGCGGGAGCCCAGCACCCUCAGAGGGCGAGGGCCGCCCGGCCUCGCGGGGCCGUGGCCGUCCCGCCGAGCAGAUGGAGAUUGGGCCGCUGCAGCGCAUGGCGCGCGAGCCCGACGUCGAGCUCUUCAAGGGCUACCACAGCUACGCCGUCCGGACAUCCCCGGUCACCCCCGCCACGGACUAUGAGGAGGAGCAGUUCCCCGAGAAUGAGCCGCCCUCCCCGGAGCCCCGGGGAGAGCCCCAGCGCCGGGGGGGCACCCCUGGCCCGCCACAGGGCCGGGAGGAGAAGCCACCGGUUGUGGCAGAGGCCAAGCCGGAGCCGCCUCGGCCCAAGGAGCCGCAGCAGCGCCCCAGCCCCGAGCGCAGGGCCGGAGGCCGGGCUGAGCCCACGGCUGACAGGAAGACUGAGGCCAGGGUGUCAGGCCGGACGGAGCCCAAGGCAGGGGCCAAGCGCGGCCCGGCCCAGGCGGCAGCGGUGGCGGCACAGAAGGCGGAGGAGUGCGAAGAGGGACCUAACACAAUCGUGAUCUGCAUGGUCAUCUUACUGAACAUUGGUCUGGCCAUCCUGUUUGUACAUUUUUUGACAUGA